UGCCUUACUGCCUUAUUUUUUCAAUUAAAUAUAGGAAUUCUAUCACGCGAGAUUUUUGCGGCAGACUUGAGAGUUUGGAUUAACGAACAUACCAGUGAUUAAUUUCUUAAACUUAGCAAGAAAAUGGAGCAGAUAAUUAGUAAUUUAUUAGUUUCUGAUAGUGAGGUUAUAAAAAAGGCAUCGGCAGAUUUAAAUGAGGCUCUUAAGAAUCCAAAUGCAAUACCUGCUUUGAUGGAAAUUACAAUCGCGUCUCCAAAUCCUCAAUUAAGGCAAUAUUCAGCGGUUUUAUUGAAAAAACAAUUAGGCAAACUACGUAGUUGGCAAGCUCUCUCAACAGAUGAUAGAAACGUGAUUAAAGCAAAUAUGCUGAGUGCCCUUACUAGAGAGAGUGAAAAACCAGUUAGAACUGCGAUAGGACAAUUGGUAGGAGUUUUAAUAAAACAUGAGGAUAAUUCGGGUGGCGGAGCAUGGGUGAACGAAAUUUUAAAAUUUAUAUUCGAAUAUUGUCGAUCAUCUAAUGCAAAUGAAAGUGAAUUGGGAUCAUCUGUGUUUGCCGUUUUAACUGAUACAGCCCCUGAUCAAUUUAUUUCUCAUAUAGAUGCCAUUUGCGAAAUGUUUGUGGCGGUUUUGAUGGUCAGCGAUCAGGCUAACCCUAAUGUCGUUUAUAACAUUAUAACUGGGAUGUCUCACUUAGUACCUUUUAUAUUAGGUCAUAACGGCGCUGAGCACACAUACCAGAAGGCUAUUCCAAUUGUAGUUAAAACAUUAGAAGCUUUAGCUCAAAUAGAUUCUGAUAAAUUUGUAAAAGCUUUCGAAAUUUUGGAAAAUUUAGCUGAUUUUACACCUAAGCUAUUGACAUCUAACACCCAGUUGUUGAUUGAAUUUUGCCUUAAAACAGCAAGUAACUUUCAAAUAGACUGCUCAGCACGUGUUAAAGCAAUAUCGUACGUUGGCUGGUUAAUUAGAUUAAAAAAGAAAAUUGUUAUUAAAAUGAAACUUGUUGAACCUAUUUUACAUGUUAUUUUCAACUUAAUGUCUGCAGAACAGGAAAAUGAAGACGAUGACGAAGAUGAAGAUUAUUUCUUAGGGAAUGACUUAUCCAAACCUACUCAUUCUGCAACACAAACUAUGGAUUUAAUGGCUUUGCAUAUUCCUCCAGAAAAAUUUAUUCCACCAUUACUUCAACUUUUGGAACCUGCUUUACAAAGCAAUUCUCCUUACUCGAAGAAAGCGGCUUAUCUUUGUAUGGCUGUUAUUGCUGAAGGGUGUUCUGAAGCCAUUUGCUCAAAAUAUUUACCAACAUUCUUAGAAAUUGUUAAAGUAGGGAUUAUUGAUCAAAAUGUUAUAGUGCGAAAUGCGGCAUUUUUUGCGUUAGGUCAAUUUUCAGAGCAUCUUCAACCAGAUAUUACAAAAUUUGCUCCAGAAAUUUUACCAAUUCUUUUUCAAUAUUUACAUCAGCUUUGUAAUGAACUAAAAUUAAAGACUGGAGACGGGAAUGAACCUAAACAUUUUGAUCGAAUGUUUUAUGCUUUAGAAACCUUUUGCGAAAAUCUCGAUAGUGAUAUUGUUCCACACUUACCUAUUUUAAUGGAAAGAUUAUUUGAUGCUCUUGACCCCCGCAAUUCCGUUAAAGUUCGAGAAUUGGCUUUGAGUUCGGUCUGUGCUGCGGCUAAUGCAGCAAAAACAAACAUGUUACCUUAUUUUCUUCAACUAACAGAGGGCUUAAAAAUGUAUUUGCAAAAAUCUGAGAAUGAGGAUGUGAUAGCCUUAAGACCACAGGCAAUAGAUACAUUAGCUGCUUUAGCUAGAACAAUUGGGAAAGAAAAUUUUAUGCCUCUUGCAAAUGAUACUAUGAAUUUCGCUUUAGCGCUUCUUGAAGAAGCUGAUGAUCCUGAUUUGCGUCGUGCGCUUUAUAAUUUAAUAGCAGCUCUAGCCGAAGUGGUAAAUGAAAAAAUGGAACAUGUUUUCCCAAAAAUAAUAGAAAAAAUUUUUGAUACUGUAGUUAAUACUGAAGAAAUUAUUCCAGAGUAUAAAGAAAAUGCUUUAUUAGAUGGAACGAAUCCAGUAACUCGCGAAGAAGGCAAUGAUGCCGAUGAUGCAGAAAUUGAUAUUGAACAUUCAGAUAAUGAAAAUGAUGAUCAAGAUGAUAUAGCUGGAUACAGCGUGGAAAAUUCUUAUUUGGAUGAAAAAGAAGAAGCAAUUUUAACGUUGAAAGAAUUCGCGCAACAUACCGGAUCAGCUUUUAAUCCUUAUUUGCAAAUGGCAUUCCAAAAUGUUUACAAAAUGAUAGACCAUGUUCAAGAGGAUAUUAGAAAAGUGAGCAUAGAUACUUUGGUUGCUUUUGUUAUAUUUUUAUAUAAACAAAAAAAUGAAGAGGGAACAAGAAAUGCUAUACAAAUUUUACUUCCUAAAUUGGCUCACAUUGUUAAUAACGAUGAAGAAUGUUCUGUUGUAAUGUGCGCUUUGGAAGGUGUUGCUGAGUUACUAAAGGAAAUGAAAUGUUUUGUGAUUAGCGAUGAAAAUAGCAUGGAAUUGAUUUUCUGUUGCAUUAAUGAUGUAAUGUCUGGUAAAAUAGCAUGCCAAUUCGAUGAGCAGGAAGGUGAAAACGAUGAAGAUGAUCCAGAGGAAAGUGAAUAUGAUGAAGCAGUCGUUGAAACUGCUGGAAACAUUUUACCUUUAUUUGGACGGGCCUUGCAACCAGAUCAAUUCGCUGUAUUUUUCGAAAGAAUAUCUCCAAUAAUUAUACAAAAAAUUGAAAAAUCUAAGAAAAAUGAUUAUAACGGAGAUUCUAUGCGCUCAUUUGCAUACGGUGCUUUAGCAGAAUGCUUCCAGCCCUUAUUACAUAAUACCGAAAAAUAUUUUGAUAUUUUAUUGCCAAUCUUGUUAGAUGGUGUCAGUGAUAAAUCAGAACAGGUCAGGCAAAAUUCUGUAUAUGGUACUGGGGAAAUGGUUUUUUAUGCAAAAACAAAAUCGUUUUCAUCAUAUCCACAUAUAUUGACUGCUCUAUCACAUGCUGUUUCGAAAGAAAAACAUCAAGGCGUUCUUGAUAACAUAUGUGGUGCUAUUGCUCGGUUAAUUAUUACAAAUAGUAAUUUAGUACCCUUAGAGCAAGUAUUACCUGUAUUUAUGGGUCAGCUUCCUGUUAAAGAGGAUUUCGAAGAAAAUAAUUCUAUAUUUAAAUGUUUUAAACAACUUUAUCUUGAUGGUAAGGAGAUUUUAAUACAGUAUUUGGAACAAAUAAUAGCCUUCGCAACUGAUAUACUUUAUAAAAAGGAAUAUAAAGAUGAAGAGACCUAUAAUAAUGUUUUGGGCUUUAUCAAAGAAAUUAAAGAUAAAUUUCCAGAAAAAUAUUCGACUGUUAUUAAUUCUAAUCCGGAAGCAGCUACAUUUUUAAAUUCAUUAUUUUUGUAAAGAUCACGAAUCACGGAAUGGAAUUAAAAAUUUUUUAAUUUAUAUAAAUAAAUAUAUAUGUGUAUAUUUUGUAAUACAGCUUUCACAUUAUUGUUAUUUUAAAAAAAAUAUUUUAUUUAAAACAAAUCUCAUUCUAUAUACAUAAUUAUUCUUGAUAUUGUAAACAUUAUCUUUUAUAAAUAAUAUAUAAAUAAA